UCGCGCCGCUUCCGCUUCCGGCCGAGGCUGCGGGAAGAUGGCGGCGGCCGUGGCGGCCUGGGCCCUGCCGGUCACCUUCGGGCGUGUGGUGUCCGCGUGCAGCCGCAGCAUCCGCAGACCGCCGGGGCCCGGAGCAGCUUCCCUGUGGUCCGCUCCUCGGAGGUUCCGUUCGCAGAUCGCUUCAUCUCCGCAAGGAUAUGUUCCUAAAACAUCACUGAGUUCACCACCUUGGCCAGAAACUGUCCUGCCAGAGCCAGCUGAGGAGACCAGACACCAUGCAGAGGUCGUGGGGAAGGUCAACGAGCUGAUCGCCACGGGCCAGUAUGGCCGGCUCUUUGCCGUGGUGCACUUCGCCAGCCACCAAUGGAAGGUCACCUCUGAGGACCUGAUUCUGAUUGAAAAUGAGUUAGACGUUGCGUGUGGAGAGAGGAUUCGGCUGGAGAAGGUCCUGCUGGUUGGGGCUGACAACUUCACGUUACUUGGCAAGCCCCUCCUUGGAAAGGAUCUUGUUCGAGUAGAAGCCACAGUCAUUGAAAAGACAGAAUCAUGGCCAAAAAUCAAUAUGAAAUUUAAGAAGAGGAAAAACUACAGGAAGAAAAAAAUUAUUGUGAGCCCGCAGACUGUCCUCCGGAUAAACACCAUUGAGAUUGCGCCCAGCUUGUGUUGAUCGUCCUGCUGAUGGUCACAGAAAUGUAGAAAUAAACUCCUGUUUUCUGAGGAGA